AUGACCGACACACCCCCAAACUACCAGACCGUCCUCUCAACCAGGCUUUCACCGGGGACACUGCUGCUGGAAUAUAACCAGCCCAAGAUCUCCAACGCCUUCACCCUCCAGCAAUACCACGACUUGGCCGACGCCCUUCGCUGGGCACGCAAUGUCCCCGAAAUCAGGGUGAUCGUCCUCACCGGCAAAGGGAAGCACUACUGCGCUGGGAAAGUGCUGCUCCCACCGGGCCAAGCAGGACCGACAAUCGAGCAGGAAAUCGAGGCAGGUCGUAAACUCGGGGACGAGCUACAGGGCCACCCGAAAGUGCUCAUCGCUGCUGUCCACGGCGCGGCCAUCGGAUGGGGAUGCACGCAGCUGUGGAAUUUCGAUCUGGUCUAUGCUUGGGAGAAGGCCGCCGUGUUCCAGACACCCUUUAUGAGUCUGGGUUUCGUCCCAGAAGGGGCGUCGAGUUGGAGUUUCCCCAAGGUCAUGGGCAAACAGCGUGCCAACGCGCUGCUGUUGGCGUCCGAGAAGCUCAAUGCGCGGGAGAUGUACGACGCGGGAAUGGUGACCAAGGUCAUUGGGGGUGACACGGUCGACGCGUUCCGAGACGAGGUCUUCAAGAUUGCAAAGAGAAUAGGCACCUAUAGCGCAGAGAGUCUAAGAAUGGCCAAGGCGCAGGUCAAUCGGCCUACCGUGUUAGCAGAGCAGCGAGAGGCGGGAAUGUGGGAAGCGGUGGAUCUCAAAGUGAGGCUGAACAGUGAUGAGGCCAAGGCGGCGAUGAAGGCUUUCAUGGACAAGAGCAAGCCAAAGCUGUAA